UCCCGCCGCUUUUUCCCCCGCUCCACCAGCAGCCUUGGGCACCGCAGCAGCAACAGCGGCAGCGGCAAGUAGCAGCAAUAGGGGCAGCGGCAGUAGCAGGGGCAGCAGCAGUAGCAGUCUGUGUCGCUGUUGCUUUCUCCUUCACAGAGCGCCCCUCACCCCCGGAGCGUCACCAUGCCCAACAUCGUGCUCUUCAGCGGGAGCUCUCACCAGGACCUGUCGCAGCGCGUGGCCGAUCGCCUGGGCCUGGAGCUGGGCAAGGUGGUCACCAAGAAGUUCAGCAACCAGGAGACCAGCGUUGAGAUUGGCGAAAGUGUGAGAGGGGAAGAUGUCUAUAUCAUCCAGAGCGGCUGUGGGGAAAUUAACGACAACCUGAUGGAGCUGCUCAUCAUGAUCAACGCGUGCAAGAUUGCAUCCUCAUCCAGGGUAACUGCUGUGAUACCCUGCUUCCCAUACGCCCGGCAAGAUAAAAAGGACAAGGUAGGCGAGAGUCGUGCUCCAAUUUCUGCUAAACUUGUGGCCAACAUGCUGUCAGUUGCUGGGGCCGAUCACAUCAUCACCAUGGACCUGCAUGCCUCUCAGAUCCAGGGAUUCUUUGAUAUCCCUGUGGAUAAUUUAUAUGCAGAGCCUGCAGUUCUUCAAUGGAUUCGGGAGAACAUCACUGAAUGGAGAAACUGUAUUAUUGUUUCCCCCGAUGCUGGAGGAGCCAAAAGGGUUACAUCAAUUGCGGACAGGCUGAAUGUGGAAUUUGCUUUGAUUCACAAAGAGAGAAAGAAAGCAAAUGAAGUGGACCGGAUGGUUCUGGUGGGCGAUGUGAAGGACCGUGUGGCUAUCCUGGUCGACGACAUGGCUGACACUUGCGGUACCAUCUGCCAUGCUGCCGAUAAGUUGCUCUCAGCUGGUGCCACCAAAGUUUAUGCUAUCCUUACCCACGGAAUCUUCUCUGGGCCAGCUAUUUCCAGAAUAAAUAAUGCUGCCUUUGAAGCCGUUGUUGUCACCAACACAAUCCCACAAGAGGACAAAAUGAAACACUGCUCCAAGAUUCAGGUGAUUGAUAUUUCAAUGAUCCUGGCCGAGGCCAUUCGAAGAACCCACAAUGGGGAGUCUGUGUCCUACUUGUUCAGCCACGUACCACUGUAGUCCCAUGGGAUACGGAAGGUGGAGCAAGCCUCCUCCUGCGUCUCACUGUCUUUGUCUGCCUGCUGUUUUAGCGUUAGGACUCAGCAAUUCUAGGAUGAUCACUGGCAAAAGCAUCCGAUCUAUGUACACUCUAAGAUUCCUUGUCUCCCUUUCUAAUGUUCAAGACUACUGCUUUUCUGUUUUGUGGGGGCAGGGGAAGGUGGUGGUUAUUUGGUCUUUAAGUGAACCAUUGUCGAUGAGAACUAGUCUUUUCCCUCAUUCUUUUUUAGGACGUUGGGGCAGCGAUUUUUAAGCCUAAAAUCCUAUGGUGGAAAUUUGUCCUAUAUAUAUUUUCAGGUUGCCAAAGGUGACUUCAAAUGAAAGCCUUCUGUGUAAAUAGAUCCUGAUAAUGCCUGUGGACAUUAGGGUACAAUCCUAAAUACCCUUUCCUUUGGAGGGAACCUCAGAAAAUUUAUACUGUCAUGCAUUUUGAAUACUUUUUUGCUUUUUAGGAAAACCUGAUAGCUGGGUUUAUUUUAUUAUUGCCCUUAAUUGGGAUUGGAUUUUAUUGAGCCUAAGAUGGUCACUGACAUAUUGACUUUUCUUAGUAAACAUUAUACGUAUUGAAGACAAUAUAAGGCUCUAUCACUUUUAAUUUUCACUUUGAGCAUAUGUCACAACCGUCAACUUACCUGAAACUCCCAAAAUUAUGAUGAGGAUAUAGUCAGUGAGUUCAUGAUCACAUCGAUGUGCACCUUUGUUUAUCCCAGAGGAAUUAUUCUUUAUGAUGCACCUCAUGUCCUGUCUAUCAUCUUAUUCCCAGACGUCGUCAUUUUAGCGCUAGCCUAUACUUUGCAUUUUUCACGAUAAUUUCUUGGCAUAGUUAUCCACCAAAAGAAAAACUUCUGGAAAUCCCCUCACAUUUUUUAGACUGAUUAUUAUUUUUGCUUUUCACAUACAUAAAACAGGGAAGUUUUAAGAGUGCCACCAAAUGUAUUUAUUCAAGCACUGUUUAGUGAGCUUGGAUGAAGUGUUCUUUGGCCUUUGUAAGCAGAAGUACUAAAUCUCUAAUUACUGAUUACCAUCUCUAAGGCUGUAAAAUGUAGAGAUAAGAGAGGCCUGAAAAACAAUGGAUACAAGAGUAAAUAGUUGUUCCCUUAGGAGCAUCUUUAAAAACUGGUCCAAAUAGCAUCGUGAAGGAGAAUUUCACUGAGGGUUGCGUUCUUGACAAAAUUCUCUUUUAGCGAUGUGUGGAGGCUCAUACCUUUAAACUGAAGCAGGAAGAUUAACACAAGUUUGAGGCCAGCCUCGGCUACAUAGUGAGUGCCAGCUCAACCUGGGCUAGACUUGAGCCCAUGUGUUAGGAAAUAAAAACAAACAAAAAGGCAGUCCCCUGUAGCAUCAUUUAAAGUGGCAGAGGUCACCCAUUGACUGACUGAUUAUAUGUAUAUUGGCAGACAACCUGCCAAAUUUCCCUGCCCCCAAAGAAGAUAAUUUGCUUGAGUACCUAAAGAUUCAGAAUGCUAAACAAUCUCUCCCCCUUGGUAAAUCUUAAAACUGGUAGAUAAAUUUCUAGCCCUAAAUUUUGAGGGUAGAAAAAUCCUAGCCAUCUGAGUAACACACUGGGCCAGCACUCUAGAAUAUCAAACUCCAGGGCAGCAGAAGUCAAAUCAAUGUUAAAAGUAUCAUUUAUGUUAAUACGGAGACUGGCAUUUUGACAAUACCUUAUUUGUAACUGUUUAGAAGAAAGUGGUCCCAUCACCUGGGAUACUCAGCUCUGUGAUACAUACUGUCUGUAAAGUCUUGGCUAGACAAGUGUUAAAGUCCUGUUUGACGCUAUGCAAUUGUUAGUUUUGAUAAGUAUGUGAUGUCUGUAUUUCGUGGGGGUUUAUGCCUGUGCUGAAUGAAGACAUUCCAGUGCACAUCCACAUGGAGACAGCUUAAUGUAUGUGUGCACAUGUCUCAAAGCGUUGGCAUGACAAAAGUCCAUUGGUCAUCAUUUUAUCUAAGAUAUUCAAAGCUUAAGGAUGUAUUCAGUAGAUUUUACAAUAAUGAUUGUCAAACGUAAAUCCCCUAUAGCCAAACCUGCGUGGCUGACCUCGGAAAUGAGAACGGAUGUUUUCUGGCUUUACUUGGCCCCAAGUUAGUGUAUCCAGAGAACCACUGAAUACACUGAGGAGCUGAUUAGACUGGAAUGAGCCUUAUACAGUGGAGACAGAGACUUUGAAUAGUUGACAGUUUCAGUUGGACCAAAGUGACAAAGGCUGUUUCCUGAGCAGUCUAAACCCAGGACGCUCCUGAUUCUUGCUGUUUGUGGUAAGGAAACGUAAGGGGAAAAUCACCAACAGAUCAGCUUCGUCUGGCUCUAUGGAAAGGGCCAAAAGGGGGAGCCAGAAAAACAGGAAUAUACCAAAGUUGUUUAGCCUCCAGCUAAAAUUUUCCUCCUCACCUGGUAGAUGUUCAUAGGCUAACUUUCCUUCGUGAGCUACAAUGUCGACGACUAAGUUCAGGAAUACAUUCUUUGCAGUGCUUGCUCUGGUGUUAGAGACUAGAGAAUCUUGAGAUCCUGUGACGUUUACUAAGACAUUUCAAUAAAAUCCUGCUGACUA